CUUCAGUUUGGAGUAGCGUUGUUAACAACCACAACCGACAUAAGGCAAACGCGUAGUAGUAAGAGGCAUGUCUCCAGAGGAUGAACUCCAUAGUCCCCCCCUUGGUUUCAGCUCUACCAGGGAUGAUGGCACUCUGAGCUGUGGAGAUCUAGCUAUCUCUCGUGAGCUGGGGGGAAGAAGCAAGACAUGCAACAGUUCCCACACAAGAACCCCAGAGGCGGACAUCAACUGUUUUGGAGACUCUGCCGAUGGAAAAAGUCCCUUCCUGAAAACACUGAUGGACGCAGAAGCAGCUGCUAACUCUGCUGCCAUACAACUUGUGUCUUUUAAAGACGCCAUGGAAGAUGAAUUUUCCGAUUCAAAACAGUCUGCCAUUGAUAAGCACAGAAUAACAAGGCAAAGAGGACUUUUGCUCGAGAAGUUGGAGAAUUUUAGAAGAAUAAAUAAGUCUGUCCGACAGAAACUGAAACAGCUCCAAGAUGCAGAGGCUUAUCGAAUUGAUGCGGACAAAAAAACUGACAUCCUGUUGAAGAGGAUCACACAGGCUGAGAGUGAAAAUGAGCAUUUAAAAAGACACUUGAGUGAGACAGAAAGAAAAAUAGAAGACAUGAUGAAUCUGCGCCGAGAAGACCAGGAGAACAUAAAGAGUGCAGUUCAAGUGAACAAGUCUGUGGAGGCGACUCGGGCUCACCUGCAGGGGCAGCUGCGCAACAAGGAAGCUGAGAACAACCGUCUGACUGUGCAGCUCCGGACUGUGGAGAGAACCAUGACCGAGCAAAAGAUGGAGAUUGAUGAUCUGAAAGCUUCCAUCCCAUCUUUGAGUGAGAAGGCAGCAAAGGACAAAGACUCUCUAAAGAAAGCCUGCCGGGCACAGAAGCAGAGAGCUGAGAGAUUUGAAGCCGCUAUUGAGAAAUGCUAUACACAGAUGCGUGAAAAGGAUGCUCAGAUAGCCAAGGCCCGUUUAGAAAGAGACUCCAGGAGACAGCAGAAAGAGCAGGAGUCAGAUGAGAGAGACAAACUUGUAGUUCAAAUAGAGGUCUUGAAAAGCAAAGUUAAGGACAUGACAGCAAGGCUGCGGAUGGACAAGGAGGAUCUCACUGCAGCGAAUGAAACUGUGAUGCAACGUGUUGAAAAACUCAGCGCUGAAAACGGAGACCUACACAUCAAUAAUACAACACUCAAGGUAUCUGUUGCUAAGAUGGAGCAGCAGCUGGCUGAGUGUGAGUCCGCCUUGAUAGAGGAGAAGCUGUUGUCUCAGGAGAGCAAACAUCAAGCCGCACAGUGCCAAUCUCAGGUCUCAGAGCUCCAAGCAGAGUUAGAUGAACUGAGGAUACAAUAUGCAAACCUUAUAAACGAUACAGAGAAGACACAAGAUGGAAAAGAUACAGAAGUAAAGAAGGUGAGGCAGGAGCUGCAGGGGCGCGUGGACAAACUGGAGCGUUACCCCGAGUUACUGAGCGCAGCCGAGCAGAGUCUCUUCGAGUGCCAGGAGAACCUGCGACGCUCGGAGAGGAAGUGCUCAGAACAGUCAGAGUCCGUUAGACAACUGCAGGUUAAGAUGGAGAGUCAGACACAAUUACUGACAUCCUCUGUGGAGAUGAAGGAGUCCAUUGUUGAUGCCAAUUUACAACUGCAAGAGACGGUGAAUUCCCUCCAAAAGAAGAUGGACAAGCUGCAGCAGGAGAACCUGGAGCUGGUGAGGAGGCUGGCAGCUCAGGAGGAGGGUCUGAGCUACAGCAGCCGGCAGCUGGACCAGCGCUCCUCAGAGAGCCAGGCCAUCAGCCGGCAGCUGGAGAAUGCCCUGUCAGACGUCAGGCUGCAGGUCAAUAAGGUAAAAGACCAGGCUGUCUCCAGAGAAGAGACGCUUCAGGCCAAAAUCCUGGAGCUGGAAUCCGAGAAGAGCAGAAGAGAUAACGAGCUGAGGAAUAUACGCCAGAGCAAGCUCACUGCAGAGAAACGGUUUGAGGUUCGUCUGAAGGACCUGCAGCUCAGCCUGGACCAAUCAGAGAGCCACAAGCAGAGCAUUCAGAAUUACGUAGAUUUCCUCAAAAACUCGUACCAGACCAUGUUUGACGAGGGACUGCAAUCAUCAUGUUUUGAGUCAGCAUAUUUUCUAAAAUGAUUAAGGAUUUAUUUGCUUGCAUUUAUCAUUUUUAUUUAUUUAAUUUGUGUACUAUAAUAUUUAUACAUUCUUUUUUGAAAAAGGUGAUUGAAGGCAAUACUUUUUAAAAUAUUUACUUCUACAAUUAGCUGACAAUCUUGAACAAUUUCCUUCCAGAAAUCAGGGACAAUUCUAGGGACUGGGAGUUUCUGUAUCAGCUUUUAGCUCAAAAGACAUGACAUUGUAUGAAUAUGAACUCAUGGUGCUUCUGUAUCCUAUUCCCAUUGGACGAGUCAGUUCCAAAAAAUGUUGUGUGGAUAUUAUUGACAGAUUUAUUUAGAGUUACUCAAAGUAGCCACAGAUGUUUAAAGAGUUGUGAGUUGGUAACAGACAUGUGCUGCUUUUCUGUGUUUAUGAUUUUAAAUGAAAUACCUUGGGGUUUUGGACUGUUGGAUUAAUAAAACAAGCAAUAUUAAGAUGUGAGGUAGGGCUUGGAGUAACUAAAAGCCACAAUUGCUUCACAAUUUCUGAUAUGUAUAGACUGAAAUAAUGAAUCCAAAAUAAAAGCUGUAUAACAGUAAUGGGCCACAA